AUGUCUUUGAGGCGUGUGAACAUCAGGACGCGUGCAUCGUCCUGGGGGUACAGGAGCUUGUAUUCCCAAGUUCCAGCCAACACCGCCAUUGUGCACAGCGAGCUCGCCCAUUCAGCCAUGUCAGAUCAGUCGUCGCCGCCCCCAAAGAAGGUGGGCUCACUGCGGGACAGAAUUGCGGCAUUCGAGAAGUCGGCAUCAUCAGCACCUCCUCCUGGGCCUGCACCAGCACCACGUCCAAAACCUGCUGGGUUUGCCUCCUGGAAGCCGAAGCCGCCCUCUCCUCCUUCAUCGCCAUCUGCAACAGCAACAGAGAACGUCGGUGCAUCGAAGUCAACCGCCAUGUCGGCGUCGGAUGCAAAGGAAAGCAUCACGAAAGCCGGCAGUUUAAAGGAGCGUAUGGCUGCAUUACAGGGCAAAGGCGCUUUUGGUGCCCCGCCGCCCAUUGCCCCCAAGCCCGCGGUAGAGCGUCCCAAGUGGAAACCACCGCCCGUCGUACACGCCCCCGCCGAUGAGGACGAUCAAGCCGGAGAAGGGUCGACUGCUGCAAUCGCUGCGGCAGUCGAGAGGACGUUAUCGCCCCCGACUUCUAUCAAAUCGCACGAGAGUGUCGAACCUCGUAUCGAGGGAGAAGACGCUGCGUCUCAUGCACCUCCUGCUGGCGGAGAUGGCGAGCACGAGGGUGAAGCAGCAGCAGAUCCAGAGGAGGAAGAGCGUCAACGUCGUGCCGCCAUCGCUGCCCGUAUAGCCCGUUUGGGAGGUGCUCGUGUCGGCAUGGCACCGCCUGUAUUUGGCAGGCCGCCUCCAGUGAGAAGACCCACCCAUGAAGAGGCUCAUGCUGCGGAAGUACCCAAACCAGUCGAAGAGCAGCCCAAGGUUGAAACUGCGGGCCCCGAGCUAGUCAAGCCUGCUGAGCCAGCGGCAUCUCCCCCUACAGCAGAGAACACCCCUGUGACGCCUCUUUCAGAGCCUCUGCCUGCGGCUGAGGCCGAAGCCCUACGGUCUCUUGAAACGGCUCCCGUUCGCAAGGAUUCUGAAGGCACGUCAGUGCCAUCCUUCGAAUCGGUUGAAACUCCUCCGGCCAAAGGUCUGGCUUCUAUGCCCAUACCUGCGGUUCCAAGAAGGACAGGGCCUCCCCGCAAGAAGCCUGUUAAGCCUGCUGCUCCACCUCCUGAGGUUCCGGCAGAAGUCGCUGGAGAGAACACUGAGGCACCUGCUGCCACUGUUGAAACUGAAGCCGAGAAAACUCCUGACGAGGUCAGCAAUGACGCAUCGAAGGAACUGUAUGAUCCAGCUCCUACUCUUCAACAUGAAGACAUUGCACCCAAGGUGAUGGAUGAACUUACUUUGCCUUCCAUCGCUACCCCGGUCGGUUCCGACGUUAAACCUGACGUUACACCCGAGCCAACAAAACACGAGGAAUCUGCUCCUCAUGUUGCCAUUAGCACCUCAGAAUCUCAUCCUGCGCCUCAAGCUGCUCCCUCUGCGCCUAUCGACGAUUUGCCAACUGAGAUAUUGGACUUGGGUGAAGAUGCUUCCGGUGUUAAAGCUCCACCUCCUUCGUUGGCAACUGCAACGCCCAUGGGCGAUAGUGAUGAAGACAGCGAUGGAGAUGUUGCCGUUGCUUCGAAGGCGCCAGUUGCCGCCCCAUCCCACCCGACGCGGCUUCCUGUCGACCUUCUUGACAAAGAACUGCAAGAAGAGAUCAAGGAAGGAAUUAUCACUGCAGAUGACGACGCUGAAGAGAUUGACGAGGAAGCAGAGGAAGAGGCGCGUAAGAAACGCAUCGCUGAACGAUUGGCAAAGAUGGGCGGUGUCAACCCAUUUGCACCUCCUCCCGUACAGGCGAAACUUUCCUCUGGGUCCGGAGUGGCGUCUCCUCCUCUUCCAUCUUCCCCUCCGCCUGCGGCUCUUGCCCCUCGCUCGCCUUCUCCGGAGCCGGUUCAGCCUACUCGCAAGGAGAGCCUCGUUGGUGAACAGCCCAAGUCCAAACUCGAGGAUUCUGACUCUGACUACGAUGAGGAAGACGUUCAUGAUGACCAGUCUGCACCUCCGAUCAGCACUCAUAGGCAAAAGGAGAAAGCCGAGGCUACAACAGUGCUAGCCCCAGACCACAUUGUUUCCGUGCCUCUGUCGCCGCCUCCUCCCAUCCCCAGGAGCACACGUACACAAUUUCCGGUCCAGCAUGACGACCACAAGAAUGUUCUUGGUACAGAGCAUGAUGGUCCUGUGCCGCCAAUUGCGCCAAUUCCCCCGCGGCCGCCUAUCGACAAAGCUUCGGAGGUGGGCUCGCCACCAACUGCUCUUACGGAACCUCCAUCUCCGCCUGCGAGACCUGCCCAACAGCCCCGACGACUCGUCCCAUCAGCUCCUGAAGAUGAUGACGAACCGGACGACUACCAGACGGACGAAGAGGCCGAGGAGCGGCUAGCUCAGUCCCACCUGUUCAUUCCACCACCGACUGAUCGGGCCUUGCAUGCUGCCCACCCUCGUCACGCGAACAUCCAGGACGAAGACGACGGUGCCGGGAAUGGGUCGGAGAAUGAUGGUCCACCUUUACCAAUCCCGCAUCGCAGGUCGAUGGAGGCGCCGCCUGCCACCAGUACUCGGAAGCAGGUGCAGCAGUCGCUGUCAGAUGAAGAAGAGGACGACGAAAAUGCCGUUGAGUCAGAUCAUGAUGGAAGAGCGUUACCCAUCCCGCCUCCGCACCCAGCUACGGCUAUUGCUGCUGCCACAGCCCCGAAGACGAUAGAGAGAAAGGCUAGUGGGCCUCCGCCCCGCCUUGUGCCUCCACCGCCACCUGCACACCCACCUCCAGUUGACACACCCUCUCCUAGUAAUAUCACCCCGUCACUUUCGGUCUCUGGGUCAGAGGUUUUGGAUGAGGAGGAAGGAGAUCCUAUCGAUCCUUCCUUCCACAGCCCAAGCAGGCAAACUUCACUGACCAAUCUCCGUGGCCAAGCUCAAGCACAGGCGCAAGUGCAGCCUACAGCUCUUGCUCGUCCUCCUCCUCCGGCUCAUUCUCCUCCGCCUGCAGCGCACUCGCCACCACCUGCACGUUCUCCUCCUGUGCCAUCAGCCCUACCAGCUCGCUCUCCACCUCAUGUACAUUCUCCGCCACCUGUUCGUUCCCUUCCCCUAGCACACUCUCCUCCGCCCAGCACUUUACCUCCUCCAGCUCCGCUUGCAGAAGAAUCCGCAGAACAGCUGGAAGAAGAUGCAGAGCAGCUCAGGCGCAAGACGAUCGCUGAACGCAUGGCGAAGCUUGGAGGUAUCAAGUUUGGUGCUCCUCUGCCUACCCCAGGGGCUCGUCCACCACCUCCGCCCGCGCGUCAUGAAGAGGAAGAGCAAGAGCAAGAGCAAGAGCAAGAGCAAGAUCAGACGAAGGUGAUUGAAGACGAAGAGAAUCCAAUCGAGUUGACAGAGGAGGAAGAGGAGAGGGCGAGGAAGGAGAGAAUUGCGUCGAAGCUUGCCAGCAUGGGCGGUAUGAGGAUUGGAAUGAUGCCGAUGGGCAUGGGUGCGCUGCCACCUCAGCGAUCUCAUGUGCUCAGAGAGGAGGCCCCAUCCGUCUCUCCGCCUCCAGUAACAACACAUGCACCUCCUCCAGCUCGUGCUGUUCCGCCUGCUCGACCUCCGCCACCACCUGCCCAGCCAUCUCAACCGCACCACGUUCCAGAUACCGAUUCUGAGUAUGGUAGUGCCAUUGCGUCAGACGAUGGUGUCAAGGUUGAGGCAGAGGAGAGCGAGAUCGAGGAAGUCAACUACGAGGAUGCUGAGCCAGAGGAAGCACCUCCUCCAAUCCCAUCUCGCACUAGCCGUCCUCCUGUCCAUCGUCAAGAAUCGACCGAGAAGUCGACAUCUCCACCUCCUCGUCCACCUGUGCCUACUAGUAUGCCAGUUCGUCGAUCUAGCGUGCAGACAACGGGAAGUGCAUCCGAGACAGGCCCAAGCCCGCCUCAGAGGAAGACCUCGUCGGCGUACGUGCCUUCAGCCCAGUCGGACUAUGUUAUGGUCGAGGAGCCUGAGAACCAAGAGGCGCCUCCGCCUCCCCCUGCGCGUCGUAUGAGUCGACCUCCUCCAACUAGGUCUGCACCUCAGGUCCCUGAGGGACCUGUACCUCCCACUCCAGACACUAAGGACAGCAUCUCAUCGCAGUGGGAGCUACCGUCGAUCCCAACUUCGACCUUCGGCUUUGAAGGUGGCGAACCAGAUCUCUCGCUCUCGUGGACGGACGCAGGCGAGCCGAGCUCUGUUUCCUCGUCUACCCAGCUGCCUUCCUCUCCUCCACCACCUCCUCCGCCUGCGAAGCAGCAGCAGCAAAGGAAGGCCUCGAUCGUCGACAAGCCGCUGUCCGCGGACGAACUGAUGGGGGUCUGGGGCCGCGUCGGUGUGCAGGUGUGCGAGGUCGCCACGACCCUCUUCGAACGCUCCAAGAAGGCACUCAUUGGGGAUGGGACGUAUGCCGGGUUCGUCGUCGCCGUGCUCGCGGGCGUGCCCAACGCUGCAUCUAUUCCCGUAUUGGUCAACCGCAGCUCGACUUCCUCCUCCCCCGAUCCCUCCGCCAGCUCCAACGAGCAUACUUACGGCUACCUCGUGUAUGUGCAGAACGGAGCUUCGGUCCAGCGACGCGCGAGCGAGAUCAUGCCAGGCGAUAUCGUGGAGAUACAUGAUGCAAAGCUCAAGGGGCAUAAGGGCAUACAGAUGUACCAUCAGAAUGUGGGCGGAGAUGGCGAGACGCUAAUCGGUAUAGUGGGUGAGUUUGAGGCAAAGAAGAGCAAGAUUCGAGUGUUCCAUGCGAAUCAGCAUGUUGGGCAGCAGACUGUUGAAUCGGUUAGUUAUCGUUUGGAGGAUCUGAAGAGUGGUCUCGUCAAGGUUUAUCGUGUUCUGGAGGCAUAA